UCUUAUUGGUCCGAUUUAAGCUCGACACAUUUCCGCAGUUCUAAAUCGUCUAGUCGUUUUACGAAAGAUUUUUAAAAGAAAUUAUUUAUUUCUGUUUGUUUAGUCACUUUUAUGGCAACAGAUUAGACUGUAAGAUGGAGGGGAGCUGUACUGACAGCAGAGUUGGGAUGAAAGUUUGGCUUUUUCUCACAUUUUCUGUUCAUGUUUCUUCAGCAGGCACACACUCUCUGCAGUACUGCUACACUGCAGUCACACCAGGAAUAAAUUUCCCAGAGUUCACUGAAGUCGGUAUACUGGAUGGGAAACAGAUUGAGUACUAUGACAGCAUCAAAAUGAAGAAGAUCUCAAAGACAGAGUGGAUAGAGAAGAUCAAUGCUGAUGUUACAAAUUACUGGAACAGUGAGACACAGCGUGCACAGGGUACACAGGAGACCUUCAAAACCAAUAUGGCUAUAGCAAUGCAGCGCUUUAAUCAGACUACAGGAGUUCACACAGUGCAGCUAAUGUAUGGCUGUGAGUGCGAUGAUGAGAUGACCACUAGAGGAUAUUUCCAGUAUGGGUAUGAUGGAGAAGAUUUCAUCAGUUUUGAUAUGAAAGCUAAAACAUGGACUGCAACGAAUGAUGAAGCAGUGAUCACCAAACACAAGUGGGAUCCUAAUAAUGGGUAUAAUGAUUACUGGAAGAACUACCUGGAGAAAGAGUGUAUAGAUUGGUUAAAGAAGUAUGUGUCUUAUGACAGAGAGACUCUGAAGAGUAAAGUUCGUCCCGAAGCGUCAGUGUUCCAGAAACACUCGCCUUUUCCAGAGCUGGUGUGUCAUGCCACAGGUUUCUUCCCCAAAACAGUGAAUAUCACCUGGCAGAAAGACGGAGAGGAGUUAUUUGAGGACGUGGAGCUCAGAGAGACGGUACCCAACCAGGAUGGAACUUUCCAGAAGAGAAGCAUUCUGACAGUCUCAGCUGAGGAUCUGCAGAAACACACCUACACCUGCGUGAUUCAGCACAGCAGCUUGGAGAAGGAGAUAGUGCUGCGUGAGGAGGAUAUUCAAAUCCUGAAUCCUGAUGGAGGAUCAGAUGGAGCUCCGAUUGUUAUCAUGGUUGCUGUAGUCGUGGCUCUCGUGGUUCUCCUUGCCGUUGUUGCUGGAAUUGUCGUCUGGAAGAAGAAGAACUCUGGCUUCAAACCUGUUCCACCCAAACCCGCCUCUGAAGGAGAUUCUUCCACCAACAACUCUUAAAGUGGACUGUGUGUGUUCCCGCUGCACUGAGAGAGAGAGAGGAGGAGAGGGAGAUGAGGACCACACACACACAUUAUCAUAACAGAUUGGACUAAAGUGUAAAAGAGCCGGAACCGAGAUCUUCAGAUGUGAUCCGUGUUGAACAUCCAUCCAUCCAUCUUCUACACCGCUUUGUCCUUUUCAGGGUCACGGGGAACCUGGAGCCAAUCCCAGGGAGCAUGGGGCACAAGGCAGGGUACACCCUGGACAGGGUGCCAGUCCAUCGCAGGGCACCAUCACAUACACACUCACACACCCAUGCUUACCAUGCAUGUCUUUGGACUGGGGGAAGAAACCGGAGUACCCGGAGGAAACCCCCACAGCACGGGGAGAACAUGCAAACUCCGCACACACAGGGCCACGUUGGGACUCCGUGUUGAACAGAUUGGACUAAAGUGUAAAAGAACAGGAAGCGGGAUCUUCAGAUCUGAUCCGUGUUGAACAGAUCGGACUAAAGUGUAAAAGAACAGGAAGCGGGAUCUUCAGACGAUCCGUGUUGAACAGAUCGGACUAAAGUGUAAAAGAACAGGAAGCGGGAUCUUCAGACGGUCCGUGUUGUACAGAUCGGACUAAAGUGUAAAAGAACAGGAAGCGGGAUCUUCAGAGGGUCCGUGUUGAACAGAUUGGACUAAAGUGUAAAAGAAUAGGAACCGGGAUCUUCAGAUCUGAUCCGUGUUGAACAGAUUGGACUAAAGUGUAAAAGAACAGGAAGCGGGAUCUUCAGAUGAUCCGUGUUGAACAGAUUGGACUAAAGCGUAAAAGAACAGGAAGCGGGAUCUUCAGACGGUCCGUGUUGAACAGAUUGGACUAAAGUGUAAAAGAACAGGAAGCGGGAUCUUCAGAUGAUCCGUGUUGAACAGAUUGGACUAAAGUGUAAAAGAACAGGAGUGAACACAGCAGAAGCAGGAGUUUAUGCUGAUGAUCAGCACUCAAAGCUUUUCUUUUCUCCACACGUGGAAAACACAAAUCUACUAAAUGUCACGGCACUGACUCCAUUAUUUAUUCCUGAACUCAGUUUAAAGCAA